CACUUUGGCGUUGCUCCAAGCUCCGAUCCAGUAAUUGCGUUUCGAGGGCAAUGUUAAAGUUUCUCGAAGCGUUAAUUCCGUCAAUUUAUCAGUCUCCACUCGACCAGUCGUCGUAUUAACUGCGUAUCUCUUGUGAUAAAGAUGUCCGUGAAAAAAAUAACUGCCAACGCCCUGGGUUUCUUGAAGGCUCCACAUGUGCACAUCAAAGAUGAGGCGGGGGUUCUUCAAAAGAUCAAUAAAAUAGCUCUUGACGGUGCUAGUAAAUUGCAGGUAGUGACGGACUUUGAUCUGACACUAACAAAGCAGCAUGAAGAUGGAGCUCCAAUAUUGAGUAGUUUUGGUAUUUUUACAAAAUGUAAAAAACUACCUAAGCAAUACAAGAAAGACUCAAAAGUGUUGUACUUGAAGUACAGAGCAGUUGAGCUUGAUCCAAAAAUUUGCCUGGAGGACAAAGUAAAGGCAAUGUAUGAAUGGUAUAUGACUUUACACAAUAAGUUACAAGGAUGUGAAUUUGAUCAUGAAGAAAUAGAAGAAGUCACUCGCAUCUAUGGACAUUCACUGAGAGACAGAGCCAAAGAAUUAUUUACAAAGUUGAAAAAUAUAGACGUACCUGUUUUGGUAUUCAGCGCUGGAUUGGGUGAUGUUGUACAAGCUCUAUUAAGGCAGCAAGAAGUAUUACACGACAACGUUAAUAUUAUAUCCAAUUUUUUGGAAAUCAAUGGAAAUACCCUAAAUGGCUUCAAGAACCACAAACGUUUGAUUCACGCUUUCAACAAAAAUGAGCAUUCCAUUGAACAUGAUUAUUUCAAGAUUUUACAUGGUCGCACAAAUGUGAUUUUGAUGGGUGAUAUGAUUGGUGAUGCAGCGAUGGCAGAUGGUGUGAAGGACACUGAAACUGUUCUCAAGAUUGGAUUCCUUUAUGAAAAUGCAGAAGAAAAUUUGCAGUCGUACAUAGAAGCUUUUGAUAUAGUAUUGGUUGAUGAUCAAACUAUGAAUGUGAUACUGGAUAUUCUUAAUCUUAUGUAGUAAUUUAUGUUUGUUUUAUUAGAGUUUUAAAAACUUAAUAUUUCUGAAGUAUUUUUAUAACAUCAUCUAUGUUGAAUAGACUAUUUAUAAAAGAAAUAUUUUUUGUAAUAAUUUAUUUCUACUUAUAAAUUUCUACACCAUCUGAUGAUUAAUUUAAUUUUCGAAUUGACUUAAAAAUUUUUAAAUCCACUA